AUGAAUAAAACUUUAAAAUUUAAUAGAAGGUAGUAGUCCUCUGAACAGAUGGGAUUUUGCAUACAAUGCAAUAGCUUCAUUGCAAUUACUUAAAUUGAUUCUCAUUGUCUAAAUUGCAUGGAAAAUAAAAGAAAUAUAUAAUGCUGUUCAGAUAACAUUUCGUUUUAAUUGAAGCAGAUAAAUAAAAUUGCAGAGAAUGGGAUAGCAAAAUGUGAAUAAGGCUCUGAAAAGUUAAAAUUUUUAAUAAGAAUUAAAGAGCUUUGCAACUAGAUAGAAAGCAUAAAAUGCUACAAUAUAUUAAGUAUAAAGAAGUUAAAAGAUUUAAAGAGUGAAGUGGAAGUUCUUGUCUCUUAUCCUUAGCUCUCUGUGACUAUUUUAAUGCUUUUUACCAGAUUAGAAUCUCUUUUGAAGGAAAAGUUAGAAUUAUAAAAUAAACGUAAAUUAAUUAUUUAUGAUUCUGCUCGAUAAAAUGUUACGGCCAGAAUAUAAACUGAGUAAGUUGACAAUGAAGACACAAUUUAUAAUUAAAAAAGCUUAUCAUUUGAAAAUGAAUUAAAAUAGUAAUUAGAGUUUAAGAGGAACUUCUAUUCUAAAUGUCUUGAAAUGAAAGUGAAGUUACCAAAGAGUCAUCCUGCUUAAUAAAUUCUAGUAUUGGAUUUAUACAAAUAUGUAAUUAGAUAAAAGUACAAUUUAGAAUAGGCUUAAAAGUUUAUCUAGAAAUGUUUUAGAGGAUAUGAUCAAAAUUAAGUAUGA